AUAAGCACAUCCGUUCAAAUUGUCUGUUAGAAUAAACCAAUUCGCUGGCUGAGUAUAUUGUGUAUAGUAGUGCCGUAACUACUCCCGUUGAUUGAUAGUUAGUACGUUUUCGUUGCUCUUAGUGUGCCAGUGUCUAAGUUUGCAAUGGCUCCAAAAUUAUACGGUGAUAGUAGAAGCCCUUGUGUUAGAGCUGUUUUGUUGGCUGCCGAAGCAAUGAAGAUUAAAUUGGAAUAUGUCGCUAUUGACGUGGUGAAAAAGGAGCACUUAACGGAUGAAUAUCUAAAGCUAAACUCACGUCACACUGUUCCCACUUUGGAAGAUGACGGUUUCGUAAUGUGGGACAGCCAUGCAAUCAUGAUGUAUCUGGGAGAAAAAUAUGGAAAUGACAAUCCCGUCUACCCAAAGGAUAUUAAGAAACGGGCUCUUAUCAACCAGAAACUUUUAUUUGAUGCGGGAGAUCUAUUUUCAUUUAGCAGAUACAUUGCGGGCUUCUUCCUGUACAAACGCCAACCUAACUUCCCUCAAGACUUAGCUGAAGCUUUAAACAAAGCUUAUGGUUUCUUGGAGACAUUUUUAACUGAAUCAAAAUACGUUGCCGGUGACGAGAUGACCAUAGCUGAUUUCAGUCUGUGGACUUCUACAAGUAACUCCAAUUCUUUUGUACCGAUUGAUGCAGCGAAAUAUCCCAAGGUUACUGCUUGGUCCAAAAAAAUGGGAGAACUGCCCUAUAGUCACCUAAACUUCGAGGGAUACCAGGAGUUUAAAAAGUUAUUAGAAAUACUAAAAGCUCAACUAAAAGCUCAAUAAUGAUUAUUGCCGUACACCAAUCAAAGGUUGGGAUCAUCCCUACCUUUACUCUCUCUACCGCUGCUUUGAAGAUUUCUAUAGUAGUGACGACGGUUUUCGACAAAACACCGGUUUUCGGUUAUACCGAUUUUUUUUGCUUACGGUUUAACCUGGCGGUUCUAACCGGCUAAAAAAACUGGUUUUUCCAAAUCCGGUUUUCGGCUUUUUUAAUCCAAUAGGUUACAAUGAUAUAUUUACAAUUCACUUUAGUUUGUGAUACUCCACUCGACUCGAUACUCGAUAUCAAUAUGAUCAAAAUUAGUACUAUCCUAAGAAUAUCAAUAUCAAUAUAAAUAAAUCACAAUUUUUAAUAAACCAUUUUAUUCUAUUAA